GGAAACACAUUUCUUUCAUGUGUUUUUCUAUUGGACGGUGUGACUUCAUGUUAGAUCACAUCAGCCAGCCUCACUGACAAUUCUGGGUAUAUUUCUUCUUUUAAUAACACCAACAAACAUUGAAAGACAACCGUACAAAAUCGUAAGUAUGAUUUGUUCGUAUGUAGCCCCUUUAUGACGGCCUCAGAGUUGACAGUAUGAGUAUAAUCACCACCCGGCGUUUUCUGCGUCAUGCUUUAUGUAAAGCCUUUCUCUCUCUUGCAUCAACACAGCUAACCUGCUAAUCUGGAGCUAACUAUUCAUUGUUUAAGUCAAGAAAUGCCAAUAUGAUCAUAUUUUGAUCAUAUACUGUAAUAUUAGAUACUAUAAUGUAGCGCUAGCUGUGCUGUUCCUCUGAUUACAUAUUAGACUCAAGGUCAAUGAUCUCUCUGGUCAGUUUGGUUGUUUCCGCUGGUUUGGAUGAACCGUGUUUGAUAACAUACGUGGCUCAGUGGAAGGUUAAGACGCCUUUCUGUACAUAUUCUUUAUUGAAUUACUGUAUUUUUGUCCUGUAGGAAAUCAUGGCAGACCUUGGCAUCAAAGCAGGAGACCACGUGUUGAUGGUUUGGACUCAGCCUUCAGCACCUACAGCCCUGAAACAGUAUGCUGAGGAGCUCGGUGCCAUUGUUGGUGCAGGAGGCAAAUUAUCAGUGGAGAAUAUGGAAAGAUUAUUAAUGUGUGAGUGACUCUUCGCUUUAUGUAUAGUGUGGUCUACAUACUGUAUUUCUGAAUCAGAGGAUAUUGUUGCAGCUGUGAUUUGUCUCCACAAAAUUAGGAUUAUAAUCGAUGUCUCUCUUCAGCCUCCCAUUCAGCAUCCACCUUUGACUGGGUGCUCUCCUGCCUCCUGGCUGACAGCUCCUCCGUCCACAGCUCAGACACUCUAGAGGAAAUAGCCAGAGUGCUCAAACCAGGAGGAAAGCUGGUCCUGGAUGAAGCAGUGACAGGUAAAAAAAACAUACAUCUUUAAAGGGAUAUUCUGGCGUAAAAUUAAUUUAGGGUCAAACACACCGUAACACUGAGUUACACACCCCCUCGAGAGAUGAAUGUUGCCGACCGCUUGCUUCUCUAGUUAUACAAUUUUUAGUAAUGACCGCACGAUAGCAAUACACAGCGGUUUGGAGCAUUUUAAUAUUUGGUGUAAGGACUUACUCUCCUUUAGGAAUGACAUCAAAGAAAUAAAUCUACCGUCUCAGCUACUGCCAAACACAAUAAUGUGUAAUAUAGAUGAAUUAGCAUUUCAAAAUUCAAGUACUGGUAAAGUCAGACAUUAUCAUUUUGGGCCACAUCCUGUCACAUAACCCACCAUGUUGGUUCUGGAUCUACCUGUGUCUGAUGUGAUUGUGUCUUCACUCCAGGAGAUGAGGGGCAGAUCGUGAGGACUGCAGAGAAACUUAUGUCGGCUCUGAAGUUAUCAGGCUUCAUGUCAGUAACAAAGGUGAGAGGGUGUUUCUCAUGCAAAGACUCUGAAUUUUACAAUGUGUUUGUCUGUCUGUGAAUAAAGAAGGGUUUCCAACACCAGACCUCUUCAAAUACUCUUCAAAAUAUUCUACAAAAAUCCUUCAAGGAGAUUCACAGUAAUGUGUUGUGCUGAAGAAUGGUGUUGUCAUGUUGCUGAAUUAACGAAUGAAUUGUGUUAACAGCUAGGACCACUAGAAGUGUAUUUUAAUUAAUGAAUGUAACUGAAAAAUGUAAAAGAAGUUAUUUCAUGAUGUUACGCAGAAGUUAUUACACUGUUGGGAAACAAUCAGAACAAUGGACACCUGUUUUGAAGUGAGUCCUUAAAUUCUUAAUAUCCUUUAAAGUUUCAAGUUUGCAUGUCUUAAAAAGCUUGAAUUUGAGCAGAGUUAAUAGGAAAACAUUUUUACAUAGGAUUGGAGGGAGUCAAUGUGUGUAGCUGUAAUGGAACCAUGAACAAUGAACCAUGUCAAAAAAAGAAAUUGACUCAUGUAAGCAAUGGAUUUCAAUGCUUGCUGAUGAUGUUAAUUACAAUUCAUAAAACUGAGGACAUACAAACACUUUUUACUAAGUGUAGUGAUCCCAAAAAGAUCACCAGAAGUGAAGUCUUUAUCAGUGUUGGGAAACUUUUUCAGCUCUUUACAGGCCUUUUUUAACCCAUUCAAUCACUGUCUUUCUCUACAUCCAGAUCAGUAAAGCAGAACUGAGCCCAGAGGCAUUAAACUCCCUCAGGACAGACACUGGAUACCAGGGAAACACCCUAUCCAGAGUCCGUGUAUCUGCAGCUAAACCCAGCUUUGAGGUGGGAUCGUCAAGCCAGAUUAAACUCUCAUUUGGGAAGAAGACACCAAAACCAGGUAGGAUCACAAACCUUGUCCUUUACUUGGGGAGACGGUCAGUGAAGAGUUUUGAUCUCUCUGAAACUCACUCUUUCACAGUUUGUUCAGAAUAAAAAGCAUUAAGUGUAGAUGAAAUUUAACUUCGUUAUAACUAUGUUUUUCUCUGGUUGUACCGUUAAUGUGCCAGUGUUUCAAUCAGAGUUAAAUAAAACAACAUUUAUGUUUCAUUAUUUGUUUAUCACAAAAUUUCUUCCAAUUUAUCAACACAAAAGACUAAAGAAUCUCUUCAGGUCAGGUAUUUAUAGAAAAGGACAAAUGGUUAGAAUAACAAAAAGAUACAGUGGGUCUCAAAUCUCAGAUAAUGCAAAGAAAAAAACUCAGCUCAUAUUUUUGUUUAAAUAACAGAAUAUUGAUUAUUUAAACCAGGAUGCACUCAGAAAUAAUACGUCAUGGAAUGAUCCUGAUUUCUAGUCUUUUUUUAUGUUGCUGAUGGUUAACUUGUCACGUGUCUUAUCUUUGUUUGAAGGCUUGCCAACUGAUCACUAAGUCAGUACCUUGUUAGGUAGAAAAAGAUGUGUGUCUCUUCCUGAAAUUAAUGUGGCGUUUGAGUUACCUCGGAAGUCAGAUGUCCGAGCUGGGAAUGACGUCACUCCCGAGUUACCAGUACCAAGUUGGAAGAAAGCAAAAUCAGAGGCGCACAGUUAUUUUAGCGCUUACCUUGUCCUUGCUUAUAUUCGACAAGGCAAUCGCUAAAAUAACUUUCGUAGAUGUAGCCAUCUUUUUUCCGCCUCUGAUUUUGCUUUCUCCUGACUUGGUAACUGAAAUGCUGGUAACUCGGGUGUGACGUCAUUCCCAGCUCGUUCUUCUGACUUCCGAGGUAACUUGAACGCAGCAUAACUUAAAAUGGACUAGAAUAGUUUCCUUUGAUGCAGAGAUGCAGGUUUAAGAAAAUCAUUGUCAUAGCCUCAGUUUUCUUCGGGGCUGUAUGUGAAGUCAUUGUGUUGCAUAUUCAUAUUUACUGAUGCUACUGUUGCAAAUAUCUGUGGCUUCAGCAGAGAAACCAGCUCUUGAUCCCAACACGGUCAAAAUGUGGACGCUGUCAGCCAAUGACAUAGAUGAUGGUGAUGUGGUGAGUUAAAGAUACAGGUCUCUUUCUGUUUUUUAAAUGAAUGCCACACUUACUUCUAAUGGAACUUUGGAUAUCAUGCAUACGCUUUCCUGAACAGUAAGUUUCCUGCAUGCUUUGAACCUUUUUCACCUCUGUUGUACUUCUUUUCCAGGACCUGGUGGACUCUGAUGCUCUGCUGGAUGACGAAGACUUUAAGAAACCAGACCCAGCCUCUCUAAAGGCUCCGAGCUGUGGAGACGGAGCUGCCAAGAAGAAGAAAGCCUGCAAGAACUGGUGAGGCCACUGAAAAAUGUCUGUCUGCCAUCGACAAAAGCAAGUUAUGGAUGUUUAAUUCACCAAUAUUGUCUUUGAAAUGCAUUUAAAACUCUGAAUGAAUUGUUGUGUUGUAUGUUUGUCCAGCACAUGUGGUCUUGCUGAGGAGCUGGAGCAGGAGACUAAAGGGAAACAAACGACAAACCUACCAAAAUCUGCCUGUGGAAGUGUAAGUCUGUUAGAUGUCUGAAUUUCCACCAUGGUUUCUCAUAUUAACUUUUUUUUUUUAUGAACCUGUUAAUGAUGAUUUUUUUCUCCUUCAUACGACAGUGUUACCUUGGUGAUGCAUUCAGAUGUGCCAGCUGUCCGUAUAUGGGGAUGCCGGCCUUCAAACCAGGAGAGAAGAUUGUGCUGGACAACAAGACACUGACAGAUGUUUGAAACACCGGAUUAUAAACAUCCAAAAGUCCCUGAUUCACAAUUUACAUUCCUUUUUGCUUCUUAUCCAACCUGCUGCGUCCCUAAAGACCUGAGUCCCCCUGCAGACUGAGAUAAGAGCUUCUUUCACAGCAAAUAAUGAGGAUUACCAUCUGCAUGUCUGCACAGCUACAGCUUUUUUUGUGUGAUUUCUUAAGUAUUCCAAAAAUGACAAACAUUGAUUCAGUAGUGGUUUUCUGAUUGUAGCAAGUUUUGCAAUGAACAAAGCAAGAUUCAAGUCAAAUGGAAAAGGGGCUGUACUGCUGUUUAUGCAAGUUUUUGAGUGGCAUUUGUGUUGAAGGGUUUCCAAGAGGAGUAUCUUAAAGCACUGAAAUGAAAUUGUUAAUGUUCUUUUCAUCAGAAGUUUGAUUUAUGUCCAUCCAAUGACAAAAUAAAUAAAGAGUAUAUUUCAACAAUAAACAGAGGCCCAUAGAAAAA